GCCUCGUUUCGGGGCGUCUCUUGAAGUCCCUUCAGCUUCUCAUAUCUCUACUUUACACACUCGCAGCCCACCGACUGCGGUGGCCAAAACUCGGGAUGUUCCCCGAGCUUAAUAACUUACUGAAUGUCAGCCCUGACAAGCCAGAGCAGGGGAAAUUCACUCUACUCUGUGAUGUCAAGACAGAUGGAGGCUUCCUGGUACACCACUUUCUUUCUUUUUACCUGAAAGCUAAUUGCAAAGUUUGCUUUGUGGCUCUUCUGCAGUCCUUCAGUCACUAUAACAUUGUAGGCCAAAAACUGGGAGUCAAUCUAAUUGCUGCCCGAGAUCGUGGGCAGCUGCUAUUCCUUGAAGGCCUGAAGUCCACUGUUGAAGUCCUUUUUGGGUCAGAAGAACAGCCAAACACUCUCAAGUUUAUCAGGGAGUCCAGCUCAGACCUGAAGUCCUUAUAUGAGUUUGUUCAGAAAUCUCUGAGUCCCUCAAGUGAUGGCAGUGCUGCUUCAUGGAAGUUCCCAGUGCUUUUGGUGGAUGACCUGAGUGUCCUGCUCAGUUUGGGUGUUCAAGCAGUGGCUGUUCUGGACUUCAUCCAGUACUGUCGAGCCACUGUCUGCUGCCAGCUAAAGGGAAAUGUGGUGGCUUUAGUGCAUGACAGUGACCAGACAGAGGAUGAGGAGAAUGCAAUGCUCGUGAAUGCUCUUGGUCACCAAAGCAGCUUGAUCCUCCGGGCUGAGGGAUUGGUCACUGGAUUCUGCAAGGAUGUUCAUGGGCAGUUGAAAAUCCUUCGGAGGGGACUGCUUCAACCUAAGAGUGAGCAUACUCGGAGCCUCAUUUAUCAAUACAAAAUACAAGACAAAAGUGUGACCUUCUUUGCCAGAGGACUGUCUCCUGCUGUGCUGUGACUUGAUCUUUGGACUGUGGAGAGUGACAUGCUGACUUUUCUCAGAGUCGGGAGAAAAGACCAUUCUAUAAAUUGACCUUUCCCAGCUUUGUCUUAGGCUGAUCAGACAAGCAUGGCUACUUUAGAUGUUACUCCUGUGGUCUGCGUGAGAAAAAAUAACUCCACCCCCUCCACCCCCCCAUGACACCCACAACAGUGUAGCAUCCCUUAUGUCCCCUGGCAUUAGCCUGAACAAUGUGCCACGUUUUGACAGAGGGAGGAAGGAAUGAACUGAACUUAAAAGGGGAACGUAGGAAGGAAAGCUCUCUGGAUUUCUGUGUUUUGGAACUGAAAAGGGGCCCAUUCUGCUGCAAGCUAAAUGGAGAUGCUAGAUCAGGAUAGUCUUUCUUAAAGAAUGAUCUCUUUCCUUUCUCCUCAUUCACCCUUUCUUUUCUGUUAAUCAACCAUUAAAAAUCUAUGGCUAGACUUCCCAUUUUUGAUCUUAACAGGUCAAACCUCAGGGCAGCUUAUGACAGGACUGCUGAACAUGUUUCCUGCUUCUCUAGUUCACCAAUGUUCUCAGAUCAUGUAUGAAACCCCCAAGAAAUGUGUGUUCCAUCUCUACUAACUGUGGGAAACUGAGCCUAGAUUCUAGUCAGGUCUUGGAUAGAAAUAUACUACAUAAUGGGCUGACCUCAUUGAUGUAUGUGUGUUAUUUCUUUAAUAAAACUUUACUUUGUGUGG